GAAGAGGAGGAGGAGGAGGGAGGCAGGCGCCCAGGCGCCCCGCUCCGCGCUCGGCGGGGCUCAGCAGCCGCCGCAGCCAUGAAGGCGGCGGUGGACCUGACCAUCAUCAAGACGGAGAAGGUGGACAGCGAGCUCUUCCCGUCCCCCGAUAUGGAAUGUGCGGAUGUGCCUUUAUUAACUCCCAGCAGCAAAGAAAUGAUGUCUCAGGCCUUGAAAGCCACUUUCAGUGGCUUUGCCAAAGAGCAGCAGCGGCUGGGAAUCCCCAAAGAUCCCCAGCAGUGGACGGAGACGCACGUGCGGGACUGGGUGAUGUGGGCAGUGAAUGAGUUCAGCCUGAAGGGAGUGGAUUUCCAGAAGUUCUGCAUGAACGGAGCUGCCCUCUGCGCCCUGGGCAAGGAGUGCUUCCUGGAGCUAGCGCCUGACUUUGUGGGAGACAUCCUUUGGGAACAUCUGGAGAUCCUGCAGAAAGAAGAGGUAAAACCGUACCCAGCAAACGGAGUGAACACAACAUACCCAGAGUCCCGCUAUACUUCAGACUACUUAAUUACUUAUGGCAUCGAGCACGCACAGUGUGUGCCUCCCUCCGAGUUCUCCGAGCCCAGCUUCAUCACAGAGUCCUACCAGACCCUCCAUCCCAUCAGCUCGGAAGAGCUGCUGUCCCUCAAGUACGAGAACGACUAUCCCUCGGUCAUCCUGCGUGACCCAGUGCAGACGGAUUCCCUGCAGACAGACUACUUCACGAUCAAGCAAGAAGUAGUAACGCCAGAUAACAUGUGCAUGGGACGUGCCAGUCGAGGUAAACUGGGUGGGCAGGAUUCCUUCGAGAGCAUAGAGAGCUAUGACAGCUGCGACCGCUUGACGCAGUCCUGGAGCAGCCAGUCCUCCUUCCAGAGCUUGCAGCGUGUCCCUUCCUAUGACAGCUUCGACUCGGAGGACUACCCCGCCACCCUGUCCAACCACAAGCCCAAGGGCACCUUCAAGGACUAUGUUCGAGAUCGGGCCGAUAUGAACAAGGACAAGCCUGUCAUUCCUGCUGCUGCCCUUGCUGGCUACACAGGCAGUGGACCCAUCCAACUGUGGCAAUUCCUGCUGGAACUGCUCACUGACAAGUCCUGUCAGUCCUUCAUCAGCUGGACGGGUGAUGGCUGGGAAUUCAAACUUUCCGACCCAGAUGAGGUGGCCAGGCGAUGGGGCAAGAGGAAAAACAAACCCAAGAUGAACUACGAGAAGCUGAGCCGUGGCUUGCGCUACUACUACGACAAGAACAUCAUCCACAAGACGGCUGGGAAACGCUACGUCUACCGCUUCGUCUGCGACCUGCAGAGCCUGCUGGGCUACACGCCCGAGGAGCUCCACGCCAUGCUGGACGUCAAGCCAGAUGCCGAUGAGUGAAGGUGGCCGGCCGGGGUGGAGGGUCACCCCGUGUCAUUUUGAAGAGUCGAUGGGACUUUUUCUGUUGGUUCUUUUUUGGUUUUUUUAUUUUUGCUGUUAUUUUGGUCAUUCGUUAAUUCCUUUUUGUUGUUUUUAAAGAGCGACUCAGAUUUGAUGCUUUGAGGAUGUUGGGAGAGAGGGAGGCAGAAGAGGCAAACUAUGUUUAGUUCGGAGAAGGAUGAGCUUUUUCUUUCCCUGAAAGCUCCAAGACAGGCUUUUUGGGGGGGUGAAAUUCUGAGUUUUAAGAAAGCCAGAAAAAUGUAGCUCACUUAAAAAAAAAAAAACCCAACAAACCCCUCUCCCUUCCUUGCUGUUUAGAAAAAACCUUAUCAAACGGAUCCCUUUGGAUUUUGUGUUAUUCGCACGCAAGCAGUUCAGGAAAUAUGACAGUAUUCCCGAGGAUUUGAAUAUCUUUUUGAGGGUGGGGAGGGAAAACCAAAGUGGGCGAAUAUUCCUGCUUCGGGGAGGGGUGAUAUGGGAAAACCCCAAGAACUCUUUGUCGUUCUUGGCCAUCACCUUUCUGUCGGUCGUCUGCUUUUCUACAACGGACAGAAUUUUUGCUAAGAGGGAUCAAGACUCUUUUUUUUUUUUUUUUUUAAGAAAUCUGUUAAAAGUUUUAUUUUAUUAAAUUUUGUGCCAGUAUUUUUUAUUUUUUUUUUUUUUUUAAAUAGUCUUAAGCUCUAAGAUGGUCUCAGUAUUGCAAUAUUGUGUGUGUUUGUUUCUGUUAUGCCAGCAGAGAGUUUUAUCACAGUGAGGAAAAGGUUAAAGAUGAAAAUAGGAGUUUAUGUAGACCCCACUGGAGGAGUGGAGUGCUACGACCCGGCAUCUCUGCAUCGUAUGUGAAGGAAAAUGAACUCCAAACUGGCUCCUAGUGAUGCCUGCUGGAUGUGCUGCUCUCACCUCCAGCCCCACACGCUUUGCUCCGCCGCUUGCUGAUAAAGCUGGUUGAAAUUCCCACUUUUGGAAUUGUUUUUCUAAAAGGGGCCCUUUUGUGUACGGCUGUGUUUUGGGCACGAAACCUAGCCAGAUUUGCAGGGAAAAUGUCUUUUUUUGUGUUUUCCAAAUCACUUCUUUUGCUCAAGGAACACUUUGGUGCUUUCAGAAAAUUUGGUUUGUUCUUUUUCGGAGAGUAAAGGGAAAAUAUUCCCUUGUUUUCAGUGUGGUAAAUGGAAAAUGUAUCAGUUGAUUGGGGGCAUAAAAAUCAGGAAAAAGUUGAAAAACCAAAGUUUUCCUUCCUGUUUCAACCAGCUCUUAUCUUUAUUGCCGUAUGUAACACUGGCACGGGUUGCCUGGAGAAACUGUGGCUGCCCCAUCCCUGGCAGUGUUCAAGGCCAGGUUGGACACAGGGGCUUGGAGCAACCUGCUCUAGUGGAAGAUGUCCCUGCCCAUGGCAAGGGGUUGGAACUGGAUGAGCUCUAAGGUCUUUUCCAACCCAAACCAGUCUGGGAUUCUAUGAUUCCAUGUCUUAACCAGCCUGGCACACACAGAAAGGAAAUUAUCCUUGCAAAUAGGUUCUCUACUGCUCUUUGGAAGCCUGAUCCUGCAGCCCCUGGCAGGGUGUGAUUAACAUGAAGCGUACAACCAGUGUCAUUGGGGUAAAUGAUGAGAGGUCUCGUGUGUGUCCGAGGAGGAGCUGCACCAAGCACUUCCUGGGAUGCUGCCGACCACUGUUACCAUGGGCUAGGUGUGAGUUAGAGGAUCGGGCAGUGAGUGUUUCCACAUCCAAAUACAACCCUGGAGCUGCAUCCAUGUGGAUCCGGCUGACAAACGGGGUCUUUCUCCCUUGAAGCCACUGGGCAUUUUCUUUUUAAAGACAGUAUUAAGCGUUUGAACCAAAAGUACCUUCUUUAUGUGUUGUCUGUCUGUCUGUCUGUGUGUUUUAGGGAGUUGUGUUCGUUAUGGAGGCACUGUGAGAGGGAAGCUGGGGGCGAGGUGGGGAGAGGCUUCCCAGAGAUGCUUGUUGGGAUAUGCCUGCCGGAUACAGGCUGAUGUAUCAGCUUGGCAGGAAAGGACCCUGCCUGAAAAGAGACAAAAUACAUGGGCACAUAACCCCCCUGCCCAGUGGUUGGAUGAGGAGCUUGAUCCCAAGGAGAUACUCAUGGGGGCACCUCUGUAUCCCAGUUGGCCAUUCUGGGGCAAGUCAUCCCCAAAACUGCUGCAUGCUUAUAAAGAAGGUGAUGGUAGAGGGGAAAUGAGUGGGACACAAGGGAGCUCCAGCCCAGAGGGAUGGAAGCAGGUGGUGGUUUAAGGGAGGUUAUUAGUUAUGCUGUUAGCUCAUGGGGCUGGGACUGUACAUCAUCCUGUUGAGCACAGGGAAAGAAAAGGGUGGGAAGGAUGGAAAGGAAGGAAAAGGUGAUGAAGGGGAAGUGAAAGGAGCAUGCAGCAAAGGAGCAAAGGGAUGCUGCCCACUGGGAAAUUAAACUUCAACUCAUCUCCUCAGGCAGGCAGGAUGGGAGAAAGCAGCUUGGCCAAGCUGGAGAGAAGGAAGGAAAACGGGUAUCAUAGAUGAGGCCCUGAGCAGAGCUCUGCCACAGAGCCAAGGCUGAAAAGGGAGCCAAGCAAGAUGUGGCGGCAUGGAAGUGUGCAGGGGAGGAGUAGUGCAAGAGCAUCCCAACAGGACACACCGUAUGGGUUGGAUUUUCAGCCAUCAGAUGGGGUUUCGUAGGUGUUCUGUUGCUGUCCUGCACGCAGCUGCGCAGUGCCCUUAGCUUACCCUUCCCAGGCCACUUCUGGCAGUGCUUUGGAAAAUCCCCCUAGACCCUUCGAAAGGGCUGUCUCCUGGCUUUGGCACCGUGCUGCAUCCUAAGACAUGUCUCCUGCCUUGCUUGGCUGCUCUGCUGCAGCUGAAGUGCCUUUUCCAAGCAGAAGACAGGGGUAGAACUUCCCUCUGAUGGGAAUUCGGGUACCAACCCCAUCCUCCUGCCAGGCUAAAUCCUUCAUCCACUCCAGUGUGCUUAUAUUUUCCAGGUUUCCAAGCUGAACCUGUGUGCUCCCAGUAUUUUGGGGCAGCUGGUUUAGAGGUUAGAAAGGGUGAAGUGUGGAAAGCAGCUCUGGUUUUUUGGGAGUAGCUCCUGGCUGGAGCUUCUCCAUGAUUUCUCCCAGCCGUUUGCCAUCCCAGCUCGCAGGCUGUGUGCAGGAAAAGGGCAGUACAGUCCUAGGGAUGUCAGGUUCAUCAUUUCCUAUUUUCCUUUGCUUUUUAUUCCCAUUCUAGAGACCAUCCCAGAGAGGGCUGUGUGCUGUUUAUACACUGGAACUUUGCAGAUUUGUUGUUGUUUCUGUUUUUAUUUGUAUCUUUCUGCUUUUUGGCUUUUGGCGAGGAGUGUGCUGAACCAGAUGUGCUGGAACCCAGACCCUCUGACUUCCUGUUCCUCAAGGCCGUGAAGAGUUGAUCAAUCCACUCACACGUGCUGGACCAGAUGGGUUUGAGAGGGACGAUGGAGAUCUGCUGGGGAUGCGGCUCGCUCCUCUGCUGGUUUCUCUGCAUGGCGACGAGCUUCACCCUCAGCAGAUACACAUGGCUUUUGGAACUGGGUAAUUGUGUCUUGUUUUGGAAUGUCUCAGGUGCUUUUGGUGGGAAAAAUAGCCAAACAGGGCAAGAAAUAGAAGAUACUGUAUGACUGAACCUUCUCACAUCUUUCCAAACCAACCUCCUCCAAAAGAAUGGUCCCAAUAAGCACCAGUAAAUCUGGAUGCUGUGGGAAACACGUCCAUCUUCUCAUGUUUGCUUUUCUGGAGGGGUUUUCUGCAAGGCUUUAGGGCUUUGGUUGCUUGUUCCUUGUUAACGUCGCAAUAUUGGGAUGCCUUGGCGUGCUCUGCUCUCUGGUAGGGUCUAUAUAACAUCCAUGAGCUGUUGUCUACAUUCCAAAGAGGUUUAAAUAAAUGAUAAAUCUAUGUAUACAUAUAUGUUAUAAUGGAAUAUCUCCAGGAAUUAUCUGCCUCAGUAGAAAAAGAAAAAAAAAGUGGUCUUUUUUUUUUGGUUUAGUUUUGUUUUUACAAAUGGGAUUUUCUUUUUAAGCUGAUAGAAAAAGAAGAAGAAGAAAAAAGAGAUUGUUAUAUUGUGCUGUUCAACUAUUUUCCAACUUGUAUUUUCAUAUAAUUUAUAUUUUUUAAAAGUGGAAAAAAAAGUUUAAAAGCCAGAUUAAAAUAAAAAAAAAAAAAAAGAUAAAAAACAAGGAAAAAGCAGGUGCUUUUUAAAACAAACUGAGCUGAGGUAGCUUAGAGAUGUAGCGAUGUGUGUGUGUGUCCGUGCGUUGUGUUGUGUUCUGUUUCGUUUUUUUAAAGGAUACAAAAAGAAGUCCCUCCUCCAUUGAAUCCUUAAAGAAGGAGGGGAUUGGUUUUGUUUUAAUUGCUGAUGCUGGCACAUCAUUUUGCUGGAGAGUUUUUUAUAUACUGUAGCCUUAUUUCAUAUCGUAUUUUAAACCAUGUGAAAUUAAAAAGAAGAAUAAUUCCUAA